AUGAUCAGCACUAUCAGCGGAGGACCUACCGUUGCGGGGACGAGCCACCGUUCGAUGAAACAGUAUGUGCGUGCCGCACAGUUCCCUCAGGUGCUCGGAAUAGAGAUGAAUCGGUUCCAGGAAACACCAAAAGUUCGUUGGGAGCCGAUCACAUUUUGCCAAGAGGAAGAAGAGGGAAUCCUCUAUCCCCACGACGACCCAAUGAUCAUCCGAGCUGAAAUUGCCGAUUACGAUGUAGGGCGAGUGCUGAUCGAUACCGGGAGCUCCGUGAGCGUAAUCUUUGCUGAAGCUUUCAGAGAGAUGGGAAUCAAUGACAACCAAGUCGACCGGCAGUUGACACCUCUGUUAAGCUUCUCUGGAGACUUGGUCCAACCAAUCGGUAGUGUCAGACUGCCAAUUACAUUUGGCACGGCGCCGAGAAAAAGCAACAACGUACGAUCAGUUCCUCAUCGUCGACUGCCCGACGGCAUACAACGUUAUCGUUGGCCGAACGGCACUGACGAGGAUCAAGGCGCAUCUUUCGCCCCACAUGCUGUUGAUGAAGUUCCCUACCCCGAACGGCACGGGGGCAAUCCGGGGAAAUCAAUUCAGCGCGCGGACUUGCUACGCUACGGCGCUCAAGGCAACCUCGUUCAUACUCCCCAACGAGACCAUGACGGUGCAAGGGUUUACCGAACGCCCGACCGACAGGUUAGGAUCGGCACUAGACUCACUGCGAACCUCCGAACGCAAUUCAUAGACUUCUUGCGGCAUCAUUCGGAAGUUUUCGCAUGGUCUUACGAGGACAUGCCCGGCAUCGCCCCGGACGUGAUUAGCCAUAAACUCACCAUCUCCUCCGCCUAUAAGCCCGUAAGGCAGAAGCGCCGAUCAUACGAUGCCGAACGGUAUGAGGCGAUGCGCACGGAAGUCGAGAAACUUCAAACCAUCGGUUUCAUCCGGGAAGCAACGUAUCCGGUAUGGCUUGCCAACUCCGUCAUGGUAAGAAAGUCCACGGGCGGGUGGCGGAUGUGCCAAGACUAUACCGACCUCAACAAGGCCUGCCCGAAGGACAGCUUUCCGUUACCACGGAUAGACCAGCUCGUGGACGCCACUGCCGGCCACGAACUGCUGAGCUUUAUGGAUGCCUACUCCGGCUAUAACCAGAUAUUCAUGCACCCUCCCGACAGCGAGCAUACCGCAUUCAUAACGGACAAAGGAACUGCCGAAGAUCACCUGCAGAACUUAUCGAUCAUGUUCGGCAUACUCAAAGAGUACAGGAUGAGGCUGAACCCGAAGAAAUGCGCCUUCGGUGUAUCUUCCGGGAAAUUCCUCGGAUUCAUGAUCAGUCAGAGGGGGAUUGAGGCUAAUCCCGAGAAAAUAAAGGCAAUCAUCGAUAUGGAGAGGCCGAAGACGACGAAGGACAUUCAGAGCCUUACCGGACGCGUGGCCGCCCUGACCCGUUUCAUAUCGAAGGCUACCGAUAAAUGUGUACCGUUCUUCAAAGCCUUGAAAGGGGGCAAACGGGAUAUCACAUGGACUGCCGAAUGUGAUAACGCAUUUCAAGCCCUGAAGAACUACAUGAGCAAAGCCCCCCUUUUGUCAAAACCGCUGCCUGGGGAAAUUCUCUACCUCUACCUCUCGGUAUCCGGAACUGCCGUCAGCUCGGUACUAAUUCGGAAACCAGAGAAGGCAGAAUUACCAAUCUUCUAUGUCAGCAAGGCACUCCAGAGUGCGGAACUUCGGUAUCCACCAUUAGAGCAGCUGGCUCUAGCCCUUGUUGUCUCGGCACGAAGACUUCGGCCAUACUUCCAGGCACACGGGAUCAAAGUCCUGACCAACCAACCCCUCCGGCAAGUCCUCCAAAAACCAGAAAUUUCGGGCCGAUUGAUCAAAUGGGCGAUCGAACUCGGGGAAUUCGACAUACAGUUCGUUCCGAGGCCCGCGGAGAAGGGCCAGGCUGUUGCCGAUUUUAUCUCCGAGCUUACCCCAGCAACAGUACAACCGACAUCUGAGGCGAUUACCGAGACCAUCUUGCCGGAUCAACCAGGCGCCGAACGCCUCGACACAUCAACUCCCGUCUGGGGUUUGCACGUCGAUGGCUCGGCAAACCAGCAAGGAUGCGGAGCAGGCUUGGUGCUGACAACACCGGACGGACUCAAAAUCGAGUACGCCCUCCGAUUCGACUUCCGGACAUCCAACAAUGAAGCGGAAUACGAAGCCCUCUUGGCCGGCCUUCGGUUAGCCAAGAGCAUGAAUGCAAAGCAAAUCCGAAUUCACAGCGACUCCCAGCUCAUUGUGAACCAGGUAACGGCAGACUUCGCCGCCAAGGACGCCUCCAUGUACGCCUACCUUUCAACCGCCCAUCAGCUACUCCGAAGUUUCCAAGCAUACGAGAUUAAACAGAUCCCCAGAGGCGAAAACAGCCAUGCCGAUGCUUUGGCAAGACUCGCUUCGGCGAUAAACGACAAAGUCGGAAGAAAGGUACCAGUGGAGAUCCUUGCCCAACCGAGCACGGUAACCUCCGAAGCGUGUGCCGUACGGUAUGAGGAUACAUGGAUGUCUCCCAUCUACUUAUACCUGACGAACGGCACCCUUCCUGAGGAUAAAGCCCAGGCCCGAAAGCUGAGAUACCGAUCAGCAUGA